AUGAGGAAGAUAAGAAUUUUUUCCAGAUUUAAAGAGAAUUCUCAUAAAACCAUAAAAAAGGCGCCAGAAAUAGCAUCCCCUCUUAAAAAAGACUCUGAGAAGUUUUGCAUCUGCCGAGGAUGCAGAUAUAAUUCUAUAAAGCCAUCUUAUAGCUAUAAUUUGCUAUAUAUUAAUCCAAGAGUUUCAAAUUUAUACGAAAACCACCUUUACUUCUAUGGCCCCUUUUCAGUCCUUCCUUUCUACUACAUGCACCUAUACAAUGGAUUUCAUGUGAAGAGAAAUUCUCCAGAUUAUUUUAGAUCGUUUGGUGGCGUCUCUAUCUUGAUUCUAACACUGUUUAUCCUUUCCCAUGCCAUUCCCUAUGUAUUUAAGUAUCCAGAAGCCUCUGUUCUCCUUAUAACACUUGUUUGCUGUCUUCACUCUUCUAUUUUCAUCCAGAUACUAUUUAUAUUUGUUGUAUAUACUUUUUAUACAUUAUUUUCAAUAUAUGUAUAUUCUAUUCUAAUUCCAAUUUCCUCUGAUACUGGAUACCUUAUAUGCCUUAGUGCUCUAUUUAUGUUAUUAUUCAUAUUCUUUGUACAAACAUCCCACCUCCCUCUUACUAGAAGAUAA